AUGGCGGUCCGACCAGACCAUGAGAUCAAUGCUACAACGACAUCAGACACGAAGCCGGCCUUCGUGACCCACGCUCACCCAGCUUCAGCGCGCAACACAUCCCCUGAUGCUUCUCAAAACGAGGCAAGACCUGUCGACUACUUGCACACGGAAUCACAGGUCCAGCAACGCUCUCGAUAUUCUCGCUGCUGCUACCCCUUCAAGACAUUGCUCUUCCAGGUGUUCGCACUGCUUUGGCUAGUACCCAUAAUACUCCUAUUGGUACUGAACGCGGAGCAGAAGAUUAUCGGUGCGAGCGCAAACUGCAUACAUGUUGAAGGCGGCUGUCUUCCUGAUGUCUAUUCGUCCUGGAGCGCAGUUGACGCACUUGUCAGAGCUGCGUCUCUUGACAAACGCACCCACGAUCUUCUAGGAGGUCUUCAAUUGGUCGCCAAGGCAUUGGAGAUAUGGUUCGCGUUCAUCGCAUCAUGGCUGGUGUAUAUGUUCACAAUGUUUCUGGCAUCCAGCGGACGAGGACUACCCAUUGAACAUCUCUACAAACCGACAGAGUAUGCUGAUCCAGUCAGCGGUUUCAAAAGUCUUUUCGGCAUCUUUGGAGGACUAAUUGCUUCAUUUCGCCAAGCCAAGGCAAAACACGCCCAAGGCCAACAUCACCAGGGAAAUUUUCGCCUGUUUCUCUUCAUCCUGGCUACCGUCGUGCUAUGUGGCAUUAUGAAUCUCAUGGGUCCUGCUGUUGCCAUAUUGCUGAUUCCGACGCUACAGUGGAUCGAUGUUGACCCUGUCCUCGAUUCAACAUUCAUCGCCAUGAAUGCGAACACAACUCCGACCACGAGCGAUUCUUGGCUGCUCGGAGACUCUGGAUGCACCCAGGACAACUUCGUCGCCAACGACUAUGGAUGUGCUGAAACCUGGUCGUUGAGUCUCGAUGGCUGGGCAAGCGGAUAUAUGGCGACAGAGGCUGCUGAUAGCGCAGUAUCGGUUCAAGGCGAGCUGAUGUUGACGUACAAUCGCACGCGCUUCCCCACCGGAUAUGCUAAUGAUGCCGCUCUCACCAAUCCGACCUAUGAACUUGUGACAUUCAUUCCAAACCGUCAUGUCCUCGAUGAUCUGUGGGAGGACAUGCGGAUUGUGCGGUCUAUUUCCCAGGGCAACGAUACCAUGGCUGCCGAGGAGGCUUCCUACGUCAAAUAUAACAAGACUGUGCAGACAUACUUACAACGGCACGGCCCAAUCGUGGGAGCCAUCUCCAAUGUGUGGUAUAACUACGAUGAUCAACUCAACACAACGAUCCAUGUUGGACCGCAGAAGCAGGUCAGAUGCUAUGCAUCUUACAACAGCGACAACGCGCCGCUAAAUUGGAGGGGUGAUAACUUCGGGUCUUACAACGCUGGCAAUUGGACUCGCUGUAUCCCGAUUGGAGCAGGAUGGGACGACGGCUACCAGACGACGAACUUCAGCAUCCGCGGUAAUUACGACAUAGUCUCCAAUCGUACACAGCCUGACAUCGCAUUCACUGUGCACUCAACGUCAAAGGCAGCUUUUCUGCCCAACGGUACAGUCCCUGCAAGCCUUGAGGGAAAGUUCGCACAGAGCUGUCUCACCACCUCCAACUCGUCUGCUGGAUGCGACUGGGAAGCUCUCUUCUCAUCGCCUACAGACGGCAACAUCUUCUAUCGCUCGCAGAACGUCACUACUUGGGAGCUGGUGUCGGACUCGGAUGGCAAACCGGGCAGAAUAGGAAUUGCUAUCGACUUCGUUGCAAUGCAAACGUUUGCCAACUACACCUUAGAUCCGUCUAGCUACAGUAAUCCCAAUUACCUCACGGAUUAUCAAUUGAGCGAUUCUCAAACAACAAUUGAUAACAUGACAGCACUUCGAGUUGACCCAGCUUGGACACUUGCGGCUUGGUCGGUCGCGGCUGGCGGAGAGGUUGAGGGCAACCGCUCUGCGGGCACUCUUCUGCAAAGCUCCUUCGACCACCUAUUCCUGAAUUACAACACGACAGACGACCCACUAACUCUCGAACAAUACCGCUUAACAGGAGGAGGUCUCAUGAGCAUCUUGCAAAUGCUGAGUCUGAUGGACUACACCACCGUUCCAGCAGGCGAGACCCAAGGCGUGGACCCAAACCUUCUCAUGUCCAGAGCCGGGCGCAUCCAAGUCUACACUUUCGGCCUGUUCGGGCGCACAGCGAAGUUGGGUUUUGCAAUCGCUAUUAUUGGUUGUGUCAUUGUCUUCAUCGAAGUCUGCGUUGGGUUGCUUUAUGGUCUCUGGCUCGGACGAGGCUUUCGAUCACCACUGGAGUUGCUCCUCGCCGCUUUGCAGCAUCCUUACAGUGGAGAGAUGGAUGGCUUUGAUGAGAAGGAUAGGAAGAAGCAGCUUUCUCGUUUGCCGGUGACGCUUAGUGAGGUGAAGCAUGGCGCUGGACCGAUCAGGUUUGAGAAUGUAAGGUAUCGUGGCUGA